CACGUGAGCAACUUUAAUGAUAAAAACACGAUAAUUAACUUAUUUAUCUCUAUAAUUAUACUUCAGUACAACAGGAACAAAUGUCAUAUAGCGAGUUAGGUCUGAGAACAUGAAGCAGGAGGACAGGAGCUCUGAUGAGGACUCCACUUCAUCCAUCAGCUCCGAGUGGCUGGCAAUGUCCGACAGUGACAGUGUGGAGCAGGAGGCCGGAGCAGCGUCUGACCAGAGGACCGUGGAGAGGUGUGUGGACACGGGGCGGAUGUUCAAGCUGAGGAGAGCCCUGAGCCAGCUGGACCUGUACCACCAACAGAAGGAGGAAGAUGUGCGCACAGCCAGGGAGCAGCAGAGAGUGUGUCGUGAGCACAUCCAGGAGCUGCUGGAGCAGAGGGACAGGCUGGAGGAGGAGAUGGACAGUCAGAGGGCGGCAGACAACAGUGCAGGGCUGUUCAGACUCAGAGCUCAGCACCGGAGACUCUGUGAGGAGCUGCAGAGGGAGGAGGAGCAGGAGCUGGUGCUGAAAGAGGCCCUCCACAAACACCAACUGGAGCUGUGUGAGGCUGAGGUGGAGCUGGCCAAAGUCUCCUCUCUGAGACGGGAGCUGCACCAGGACGAGCAGAGCUACAACCUCCACAAACAGCAACAGAGCGCCAGGAGACUGCAGCAGGAGAGACAGGCCUGCUCCAACCGCCAGGCCAAGAUCAAGAACAAGAACCAGGCCAAGAGUCAACAGACCUAUGAUAAAGGAAACCCUCAGAAGAACAUCCCAGAGGAGGUGAAGAAGACGAGAAGCAGCAGCGUGGACAGAGUGAUGAGGGAGAGCAUCCUCAGGGCUCAGAGUCAGGAGGUGGACAGGCGGAGGGAGUGCAGGGAGCGAGCGGAGAUCCGGAGACAGGCUGUGAAGGCUCUACAGACCAACAUCUCAGCGGCGCAUAGCCGAGCCAGAGCCCCGAGGCGGAGAGAGCAGAGGGUCCAGAGGGGUCAGCCGGAGGAGGAGACCCGGCCGUGGGCUGGAGGUCCUGGCUCCGCGGUGGAGAAACAGCACAAACCGCGGUGUGUGAGCCUCAGCGCUCACAGGAGCACGAAACCCAGGGAGAGGCAGAAGGCAAAGGGCCUGGAGAUAGAAGCUGGCAGCUCCGUUCUAAAAGAGCAGCAGCUGUUGAGGAGGCAGACGCUGCAGCCUGCACAGCCCAAGGCUCCACAGAGGUCCAACCUGCCCUCCAGCCCGCCCCUGCCCUCCACACCACUCUAUCCAACUGCAAGCAGGGAGCGGUUCCAGGAUCCCAGUGACAGCGAGGACUCAUCAGACCCGGAGGAGCAGUUUUGGCCUGGGCAGGAGAAGGAGGAAGAGGAGGAGGAGGAGGAGGAGGAGGGGGCUGGAGCAGACCUGGAGCAGCCUGAGUUCUGUGGCUUGUGGGCCCAUGACUAUAAGGAGAAGAAGCUUUUGGUCCAGACUGAAGCAGCUCAGAACAAACGUCCAACUCUCAGCGACAAACUCAACUCUUCAGCUCCGACGUCCUCCACCAAAGAGACCAGAGGGAGGAGCUUCAGCUGUAAACCAGAGCUGCUCCACUUUAAGGACUUUGACGUGAAUCAGACGUACAAGAGGAAAGUGAUCCUGACCAACGUGAGCUACACCACAAACACCUGCAGGUUCUCGGCUGUGUCUGCUCCUCUGAACGGCUGCGUGUCCGUGAGUUUUGAGCCUCCUGGUCUUCUCUCCACUGGGAUGUCCUGCGAGCUGCACGUCGUCUUUGAGCCACACGUGAAUGAGGAUCUGGAGGGAGAGAUCAGAUUCUCCACAGCCUCAGGGUCCUUCUCUGUCCCGGUCAGAUGCUCCACCAAGAAGAGCCAGAUGGAGGUGGACAGUCAGUGUCUGGACUUUGGUUCUCAUGUUGUGGGUCAGACUGUAACUCGCUGUAUCACUCUGAUAAACCGCGGGGCUCUGGGCUCCUCCUUCAGACUGGACAUGAGUGACCAGACCAGCCCAGAGCACAGCUCCUGGGCUCCCUGUGGCCCGACUGCCACCCCCCAGGAGGUCGACUGUGGAGAAGCUGAAGUGGACGAUGAGAAGAGACAAGAGAGUGGAGACCAACCAGAGACUCAUCAAACAGAGACAGAAAGCCCUGCAGACCCGCUCACCUCUGACCCCUCCCACUCCCCUGACGCCACUCCACGUGACUCCUCCCACUCCCGUAACUCCUCCCACCCCGAUGACUCCUCCCACUUCGCCGACUCCUCUGACGCCACGUGUGAUGUGCAUUUUGGAAGUGUGACUGAGGGCCACGUCGGACCUUCUCAGAGCACCAAACUGGACGUCAUCUUCAAACCCACAAUCCCAGGAGACACCAGACUCACCUUCUACAUCCACUUCUCUGACCCGAGCAGCGCCCCGAUCCCGGUCCAGGUGAAGGCCUCGGCGGUCAGUGAGCCUCUGUGGGUCGCUCAUCCAAACGUGGACCUGAAGAUCUGCGUGUGGGACCAGUCCUACCACCGCUCCAUCUGCGUGCACAGCCGAGCCAGCACGGCCCUGAAGCUGACGUUUGAGGUUUGUCCAGAGCUGAGGAGACACAUGGAGGUUCUCCCAAAGACCGGCUUCAUCCAGGCUCAGUCCAGCUUCAAGGCCCUGCUCAAGUUCACGCCCAGACCGUCCCUCCCUGAAGACGCGGGGGAAUUAUUUGACCGUGACACCAGCGUUCUGGAGGCCCCUCUGGAGGUGCACGCUCCAGGACAGGUCUGUACCGCUGGACCCUGUUGUGUUUUUCAGUGUGUGUCUGUCACGGUGAGUGCAGUGCUAACCUCCUCUGACCUGAGCCUGGACCUGUCUCUGUUGGACUUUGGGCCCUGCUCUGUGCACCAGGCCGGCAGGAGCAGAGUGCACCUGUCGAACCUGUCCCUGCUGCCUCAGGACUUUGGCUUCUGCAACGUCCCCGAGUUCCUGGAGGUGCAGCCGGACCAUGGCUUUGGGACUCUUCUUCCUCAGGAGACUUUACCCAUUGACCUGAUCUUCAGACCAAAGAAAGUCCAGAGCUACAACUUCCAACUGAGCUGCAAGACUGGACUCAACCGAGACCUGCUGUUGUCCUGCAGAGGUCUGGGAGUGCGCCCCCCUCUGGAGUUCUCUCACACCGCGGUCCAGUUUGGAGCCACGGCGCUGGGACACUGUUCGUCCGCUCUGGUCUACAUCACCAACACAGAACGACCUUUGACCCCCGCCGAGCCCCGCCUCUUCAGCUUCCACGUCCCUGACCAAUCAGACGUCAGCGUGUCGCCCUCCACUGGCUCUCUGUUACCUGGAGAGCGUUGUGUGGUCCAGUUGAGCUUCAGACCAACUCUCCACGAGACAGAGCUCAGAGAAGAGUCUGACACACGGACCGAAGCGCAGAAGGAGUGUCCAGCAGAGGGCAGCAGAGGACAAACGAUGCAGAAGACGAGCGCCCGCCCGACCCUGACUCCUCCCCUCGGACAUCUCACGGUGACCUGCUGUGUGUCUGACCCCGUCUCCAAGAGCUCGCCGGACCAGACCCCGUCCUGGAGCCCCGUCAACGUGCUGUACCUGCAGCUGCACUGCCCUGUCACACAGCCCCCUCUAGUGGUCACAUCCGAUACUGGAGGAAACUCUGUGGACUUUCAGAACGUGGCAGUCGGGGAAACAGUCGUACAGAAGUGUGUCGUCCAGAAUGUAACAGAAGAAACACAACAUCUGGGCUCGUCUCUGUUGGCCCCUGGGGGUCCCUUCUCUGUACUGAACGCCCUGCGGCCCCUCAGACCGGGUCAGAAGCGCCUCCUGCUGCUGGCCUUCUCCCCCUCCAGAGCUCUGAAGUACCGUGAGCGUGUGGAGCUGCGUUGCCUGCGGGGGGCGCUGUGGCUCAGGCUGCGUGGAGAGGGGGUGGAGCCUGCGGUCACCUGCUCCUCCUCUGCCCCGGAGCUGGACUUUGGACACGUUCUGGUCAGGGAGAGCUCCUGUCACACACUGAAGCUCCAGAAUCACUCUACAGUUGAUGUGGGCUUCAGGACCUUCCUCUCCAGUCGGGCUCCACCUGCGCUUCAGACAGAGACCAGCAGGGGGCAGAGUGUGCAGCUGCUGUCAGGUGGUGUUAGAGAUGUGAGUGCGUUCAGCGUGGUGCCAGCAGAGGGCAGACUGGCUCCAGGGCAGAGUCAGGACGUCCGGCUCUGUUUCCAUCCCAGAGAAGAACAAGAGUUUAGGGAUCACUUCACUGUGCAGCUGUUUAAUCAGAGUGCAGUGUGUGAGAUGAACCUGCGGGGGGCGGCGUGCUCUCACAGUGUGUUUGUGUGUGGAGGAGAUCCUCUGAACCUGCCCCCCACGCUGACCCCUGGACCUGGAUCUCAGACCUCAGAGGACGAGCCCACCCCGGUGCUGGUGACCCUGAGGGCCCCGGGCAGCUCCGGUCAGAGGGUCCCCGCGGUCAGACAGCUGCAGGUGGGCUGUGUCCGCUCCACGCCGCCCAGCAAGAAGAGUGCAGAGUUUGUGUGGGAGCUCUCUGGAUCCGUACAGCAGCAGGGCUUUAACGUAGAUCCCACCCGAGGAGCCCUGGAGCCCGGCACCGCUCGCACCGUCACCGUGACCUGGACGCCCCCUGGUGGACACAAGCCUCAUCACGUGCUGCAGAGCUGUGUGUCCCUCACCGUGAAGGCAGACGCAGUGAGAGUCUACAGCGUCACCCUCCUGGCCCUGGUGACCCCCGCUGACCCCGCUGACCCCUGACCCCUG